AUGAAACCAUCAGAAAAUUGGCGUAGCGUAUUCUUGCUUCCGCAAAGCACCAAAAAGAAAAAGAAGAAUAGCAAAGGCAACUCCUCACCAUCUUCACCGAGACUUCACUUUCCAGAACUCCAGUGGGAGCCCAAGACAACGACGACGACGCCGGCACCGACGACGCCGGCAGAACGGCGGCACACCAUGUCUGGGCCAACCCCCCGUUCGAUGCUCAACGUCCAAAGCCCCGAUUCCGAUGUCUCGCCCAAAACUCCGAUACAACCCUCUGACCAAACAAAGACGGACUACUUCUCCAUUGAGUCUUCGUCGCAGGCGCAGUCGCAAAAGAAAGACGAGGAAACCAGGGCCAACGAUGCAGAGCCAUUGAGCCGUGCGACCACACUUUCUAGCUUCGCAAGCCCUUCCCCCCUCGAAAGCGCAACAGGAAGCUUCUCUGCCGAGUCGUCACGGACCGAAUCGUAUGGAGGAAGGCCGAGAGGAUCAUCAAUAGCGUCGCUGAGCUUUGCACCAUUGCGGAACCCGUCGCUGCCGCAGGGCAACCAGAAGAAGACGAACAAGGAGCGUAUCAGGGCCUCAUCGCCUCCACCUGAGAGGCCGGAAGCCUCGGAUCAAGAGUUCAAUACGACGGCCACCUUCUCCGCAGCCAUGCCGCAGUUCCGGCAUCCCCUGAGCAUUUCAACCUUGAGGUCAGACGAACUUUUCAAGCGUCUCGCGGCAACUCCAGCAAACGCAUCUGUUUUUUACUCUGAGUCCAUGUCGCGUUGCGGUCCAUAUCUUGCCUCACUCAUCGGGCUGCAAUAUGCCAUCAGGAGGAUCACACGACACCUCAUUGAAAGCGACCUUGCCGGUUCUGGAUGA